AUGUCUCGAACGCUCUACUUUGUCGCCGCCUCACGGAACCAGGAAUCACUGGUAUUCUCGCAGUCGGAAAUCGAUGUCGAUCCAGAGCUGUCUAUUACUAAGCUUCAGAAGGCUCUAGUCAACCAAUACUACCCCGACUCUACCGCUUUCACUGCUGUAAUUUACCAACAAAAGCACCCAGUUGAACUGGAUCCAGAUGUAGCUGAAACCUUGUUCCCCACUUUCCCCGCCUUACUUGAAAACGCAAAAGCAAUCCGGCUCCGCAAGUACGUGAAGGAUCUUGCCGACGAAGAUUUUGUGGUCAUCUUCACACCUAAAGACCCGGUAGUGCCUCCCACAAAACCUGAAUUAGUCAGCGAGGCCUUGGAUAUAGUCAGCGAGCUAAAGAACGAUUUUACCAAGUAUGUUCGAAACGUUGUGGAUGGGAAACCGCCAUCUGUGCUUGCCCAAUCCAAAGAGUACAAUGACAACCAAGGCGCCCCAGCUACUGCUGUACUCGAUGGGAGAUACGCGCAAGAUGGCCCCUCAACUGUCGCCCCUCCAAUAGAGCUCUAUCACCCCGUCUUUGGUGCCUUCAUGCAGCGCUGCAGAACAUCAGAUAUCGAAAUUCCGGAGGGUAUUCUCCGCGAUACUGCCUCGUUGUUGCGAUCCGUAUCGAGGAUUGCAGUCAAGGAGGCACCUCGAGACGCCCAGACUCGUAAGAUUUUGGCUGAUAUUCUCGGUGUUGGGCUCGAGCGUAUCACUAAUUCGGACAAGACAUCCCCAGACUUUAUGUCUGUUACACCUACGCCUCUGAACGUCAACGGGGCUUGCAUUAUCAGCGAGAUCAAAAGCGAACUAGGCAGUGGCGGCUCUGAUCCAUCGAGGCAGUCUGCACUUUCGUAUGCCAGAUUUUACUGCCGUCCUGAACGCGCCCAAGUCCGUGAAGUAUCGUGCUGCCCAACGUUCCUCAUCGGUCUCGCUGGCCCCUGGAUUGUUAUCAUGGGCGCAGUCCUUACAUCCCGCACGAUCGUUCAGCGCCUUUCGGCGUAUGAAUGGCUCGGCUGCUCUCGUAUGUUUGAUGAUGAGCAGGUUCACCGGAUUGCGCACGUCCUCUACGCUCUUCGACUUUCACUAGUCGAGUUGAAUGAAUAUUACGCUCGUCUUUCUUCACCUGUUGUCGAACCUGGACAUAUACCCCCGCGUUUCUGUCCCUCGAUUUCCUCUUUUUCCAUCCGUGAAACCAAGAUACCUUUUAUCUAUGCCUAUCCAUUGCAACACAAUCCCGCUUCCGUCACUUUCAAGGCCACUCGGACCGAUACAAAGGAGUCAGUUGUGAUCAAGUUUGUGCGACAGUAUGGCCACGACGUACAUCAAUUGAUGGCAGCACAUGGACUUGCCCCCAAGCUGCUAUCAUUCUCUCCGCUCGGUGAACUGUACGGUAACCUUAAUCUUGUUGCUAUGGAGUUCAUCGAGGGCAAGACGCUGCACGAUGCAUACGACAUCUCACAACCGCUACCAGAUUCGGUCAAAAACAGCGUCCGCAAAGGACUCGAUCUUCUGAACAAAGAAGGAUUUGUCUUUGGGGAUCUUCGCAGACCCAAUGUCAUGCUCGCUGACGGGGAUGAACCGGCCGAGAAGCGUAUACGAUUUGUUGACUUUGAUUGGGCAGAAAAGGAUGGAGAGAUGAGGUAUCCCUUCCAUAUCUCCAGUGUUGUCAGUGAUCCCUCUGGCGCUUCCGAGUACGAUUGUAUCACACAUCAGCACCAGGAGAACAUGUUUACCCACUUAUAG